CCCAAGUCAAAAAUUUAGUAAAUGUUGGCAACACAAACCUUUUCUACAUAAAAAAUUUGAAAGCAUUGACAAUUUUACAUUGUAUUGCCAACAUCAUUUGGACUUUUAUCUUUAAAAAAAAACAGGCUUUAGGUGAUCGCUGAGCCGUUGUUGCCAUUUUAUUGAUUGAUGAACUGUACGAUUGUUUUGAACCGUUCCAAAACCGUCCUUUUUUCAAACCCGAACAGGCCCAAACAGUGCGAUUGUUUUGAACCGUUCUAGAACCAUCCUUUUCUCAAACCCGAACAAAGCUAUUCUUCUUUUUUAUUCCUGGUGGUGACUGCACAUUGGGAAACAGAGUUUGGAUUAGAUUGCAUUAGGAUUCGAGGAUUGGCAAGGCGAAUUUUUAUUUUUCUGAUCCUCUACAGGAGUUUAACUGUUUGGAGCUUAGUGUAUCCGUUGCCUGUCUAGUUCUGAUAUGGGAUUCGUUAACUAAUUAGUUUUUCCACAUUAACACUCGAGAUGCCUUGUUGCUCGGCAAUUGAUUGCAGCAACACACAUGAGAAAGGAUUCAGAAUGUUCUGUUUUCCUCAGGAAGAGACCCGCAGGAAACAGUGGAUACACAAUGUUCAUAGAAAAAAUUGGAAUCCAACAAGGUCAGCUCGUCUGUGCGAGCUGCACUUUGAAGCUUCUCAAUUUGAAAGUCACAGACUCGACGGCGUAAAAAAGAUCAAACCGAAUGCUGUUCCGACUUUGUUUAGUUUUUCAAAUCCUCCUGAAAGAAUCAAUUCGUCAGCAUUAAAAUCCGUCUAUGAGGAACAGAACCAUAUCGAUGCAAGCGAAGAAAAUACCGAGCCACUGCAACCAAAUACCCCUGACCAGACUAUAAGUAUUCUGGACUCUGAUUCAAAUUUUGAUCCAGAUGAGGAAGAAUAUGAAGAACAAACAAAAUUUGAAAAAACUAAAACUAACAAUAAUGAAACUAGCUGUGAGAUGGCAGUUUUGUUGGAUCAUGAAGAAGAUAAAAAUUCUGCAGAUAUUCAAACUGGACUGGUUCAAUGCAAUCACUGUAACUCUACCUUUCUCACUUUUGAUGAAUGCGAAAUGCAUAUGAAGUUGCAUAAAGUUGACAGUGAGGCAACUAUUGAUGAUAAUAGUUUGAUUGAAGAUGUUAGAAGUGAAAAACAAACUCAUUCUUCUAAGAAUAAAAAUAAAUUAGGGAGCGCUUCUAAGCAUUCAUACCCUUGUCCAAUUGACUAUUGUACUUCAAUUUCGAGCACAGCAGUGGAAUUAGAAAAGCAUAUACAAGUGCAUGGGUUUACAAGAAAAUUCAGUGCUGAUCUUCCUCAAGUCUAUCUAACCCAGCAUGAUUUGUUGCUUUGCAUAAGAUGCGGUCUUCAAACCAUUAAGGAAUUUCCCAUGCGAGUUCAUCGACUUCUAAAUCACCACAGUAGAAAUAAAAGUGUCACUUGGAUUUGUCCUAAAGGUUCCGAUUGUUUCCAAAGUAGCUGCAGAUCGAUAUUUAUUAAACAUCUGCAGGAUUUUCACCAACUAAACAAAGAGGAUUAUACCCACCAAGUUUUUGGUGAACUAAAAAUGAUGGAUUAUCAGCCUUCAACAGCCACAGGAAAAGUGUUUGAUUGUCAUUUUUGCGAGUUCUCUACUAGAUUGGAAUCGGAGAUAUCCGAACAUGUGCCAGAUAUUCAUCCGAAACGACGAUGCAAUUUCUGCGAAACAAUGAUGCAAGGAGAGUUUCAAAUAUUUUGGCAUACUUAUACUAUUCACAAAAACAUCACAGACUACAAUAAAUGGCGCCUUCGGUGCACUAUCUGCAGCUUUGAAAAUUUAGCUAAACACAGCUACCAGCAUGGCGGCACACAUAAAAAUCAGAUCAUAAAAUUUAAAACGAUAUUUCAGAAUGAAGUCAAGGGUAUUGUUCCGUUUCUUUAUAUUUUGGAAAAGUAUGCGAAAAAUGCUGAAGCGCUAGAACAAAUUGAUAGAAAAGCAGAAGGAAAUUCAGAUAUCGAUACUUUGGAUUUGGCUGACUCUGACACUCAUAAACAAGUGCCGGAGAUAUUUUCUGCAAGUGAUAAAGAAACAUCUAAUGGAAAUGACGCUGAUUUAAAUUUUCCAUGCAAAUCAUGUCACUUUGCAACCAAAAACAGAUAUUAUUUAUCCAUGCACCAACAAAUCUACCACAAAAGGGUGAAUCAAACACAUUUUUUUUGCCCUCAACCAAAUUGCACUUUUGAAUCGCAGUACAGAAGCAACUUCAGGCGCCAUUUGCUAAAUACUCAUGAAAUUGACGUAGAGAAUUUUCAAAUAUCAAACGAAAACGUGAUAAAGCCAAGGCCAAUAAUAGAAUCGCUAACAUGUGAAAAAUGCAAUUUUGAGGCUGGGAAGUCCGAUAUAUUGAGCAUGCACGUACAGCUACUUCAUAGUGUUUGGCAAAGGACAGAAGCUGAUCCAUUUUGGUGUCCCAUGGAAAAUUGUAUGGUGACGUCGCCCUACAAAAGUAAUUUCAAGCGCCAUCUGAUUAGAGUGCACCAUGUAACGAUGGAUGCACUUGGCAUUGCUGAAAUUGGAACUAGUUUUGGCUUGAGGCAUGAAGCGCCUUCGAGUUUUAAAGCAGACAAUGAUGAUUUCAUCAAAGGAAAUAGGAAGUUUACAUUUAAAAAGCAUAUUCAAAAGCAAAUGGAAGUUGAAGGAAAUCAAGUCUCUAAUGAAGAGUUUAACGCUACAAAAUCGAAAACUAAAUAUGAAUGUUCAGAAACAAAUUUCGAUCACGAAUUGGAAAGUUCUGAUCAAUAUUUGGGGAGACGUAGUGACUUGUUUUGGAGUCCUAAGUUUUCGUGUCCGUUCGAAGGUUGUUCUUAUGUGAUUGGUAGAAGAUUAAAAUUUAAAAGACACCUUACCUUAUUUCACAAUUGGAACGACUCUAAGCUUCAGGAAUGGAAAGGAAUGGAUUAUUUUAUCGCUCAAUAUGCUCAAACUUUUAACUGUUUGAAAUGUGGUUUCGAUGGAAUGGAUAUGAACGGACUCAAAAAUCAUUUUAGUAUGGAGCAUAAGAUCAUUGGGACACACAGCAAAGCUAAACCUACUGUUAAAAAAAAUUCCAGAUCUGCUAACCGCUUUUUAUUAAAAUGUACAAAGUGUACAUUUGCUACGAAUUUGAAAUCGAGUGCCCAUCUUCACGGUUUCCUUCAUUUUGGACUUAAUAAAAAACGCUCGGUAAUCUUUCGUAAUUAUGUCGAUUGUAAACGACAAGACGACUUAGUAUAUCGUUACCCUGAUAAAAAUAUGCUGAAAUGCCCAAAAUGUAAUUUUAGAGGUCUAAUUGCAAGAGAUCUUAGGAGGCACAUGUUAAAUGUCCAUUCACUAAGAGCCCGAAAUCAUUUAUCAGAUUGGAAUAUUAGAAUAACAAAGCAACGAAUGGAAAGAAGGAAAAAAUUGAGACAAAAGAACCAAAAAAAUACAUCAGACAUUAACGAAAAAGAAAUAUGUGAAAUAUUAGUUACUCAAAAUAAUAAUGAUUCUGCAUUGAAAGGCGAAAAUAAUGAAGUCAUAAAAAUAUUAUUAGUUGAUGAUGCUGACGAUUUUCCUGAACAAAUUAAUUCAAACAGUGAAAAUUUAGUCACAUGUACCAUAUGUGAAAAGCAAUUUCUUUGUAAAGCAGACUUACUAAUUCACAUCAAUGCAGAACAUAUUUUAAUGCCUACACCUGAACCACCAAAUGUAGCUAGAAUGAAGACAGGUUUUGUACCGCCUAGCAUUGAAGGCAAAGUCAGUUUCAUAUGCUGUUUAUGUAAGCAAGUACUUUUUUGUACCAGUUCACUGAAGAAUCAUACCAGCAUUCACAGUAAAGCAGCAAACAAUUCCAAUCUUAGAGUUACAUUUACGAAAUUCAAAGGCGACCUCAAACUGAAUAAGGUGACUAUCAAAGCCGAUCCGAAUUAUGUUCCGAGAAAAUCCAGUAAUGUGAGUUGCACUGCAAAACAUACGCCAAAAGAUAAACAUCCUGUUUUGGAUUAUAGUUUAAAAUUGAAAGUUUUCAGUUGUGAGGAAUGCAAUUUUAAAACUAAUGAAGAGGACAAUUUGACAAAACACAAGAAAUUGCAUUGGUCCAAUGAAAAAGAGGAAAUUUAUAAAUCAAAAAAAUGGUUUACUUGUAAGCAUUGUUCUUAUUAUAGUUUCGAUGCGGAGAGGUUUGAAAAGCAUGCUGAAAUGCAUAAAAUCAGCGCCAAUUUAAGCUUGUAUGUUGAUUAAUUGAAAUAGUUUUAUGGCAGAGAAAUUUUUUUCAUAGAAAUAAUAACCACCAAAAAGAAAUUAAAUAUUGUUGUAGGUAUUGUAUCCCAUACAAUGAAUCAUAAAUAUGUUAUUUUUAAUAAAUAAUUGAA